CGAGGCACUUGACCCGGAAGUGGACGUCAGUCUUCUCCCAGCAACCCGCCGGAGCCGUUAGCUGCUGUUCUGCGGAGCUCGAAGACUCAUCUCCAACACGGACCCCUCCUCUCAUCGCUGACAUGGCGGAAGUAGAAGAAACCCUGAAGAGGAUCCAGAGCCAGAACGGAGUGCAGGGAAUCAUCAUCGUCAAUUCAGAAGGAAUCCCCAUCAAGACGACUCUGGACAACGCCAGCACGGUUCAGUACGCCGGACUCAUCCACCAGCUGGUGAUGAAGGCCCGGAGCACCGUGAGAGACAUCGACCCCCAGAACGACCUCACCUUCCUCCGCAUCCGCUCCAAGAAGAACGAGAUCAUGAUCGCUCCAGAUAAGGACUAUUUCCUGAUCGUCAUCCAGAACCCGUCGGACUGAAAGAGGAUGUGCAGCCCGACUCGGUUCCCUCUUCGUCUUCAUAUUUAACAGCCAAACGUUCUCUUUGUGUCGCUAAUGAAAGGAACCCGUUCACCAGGAGCUCCUCGCUGUCCCAGGAAGUAACGACAGGAUUUAACAGGCGGAGGAAAUUGAAUCGCAUUUCUUUUUCCGUGUUUUAGCAUUCCAGUGUGGCCUCCUCUGCAUACUGUAUGUUCAUGUCAAUGUUUAUUAUUAUUAUUAUUAUUAUUAUUAUUAUUAUUAUACCGUAACGCUGGACAUGGCUGCACAGUGUGCAAGAGAGAGAGAGAGAGAAAGAAAGAGUUCUUCAGUUCCACCUUUAUAAAAAAAAAAAAAGUUGGGAUUGUUAUUUAUUGUUUUGUUGGCAAAAGAUGUCGAAGUCCAGUAUUUACACUACGAACACGUCUCCGCUCUGAUGGUUGUUUUUAAGGAAUUAAUAAAUGUCUAAAUGUUC